AUGACCCUUACGAGCAGCCCGUGUGAGCUAGACAACAUGAGCUUGUUUCAAGACCUCAAGUUGAAAAGGAGAAAGGUCGACUCCCGAUGUAGUAGCGACGACUCCCCGGUAUCCCUCGGAUCAGCAGGCUCACCGCUCGGGAUCCAGCCGGCGGACGCACCUUCACCCAUAAACUUUCCUGCUCCAGGGGAGAGCAUGGCGGAUACCUCAACCCUGUCGCCUGACGCCAACAUGCCAGGCUCGCCGGACUGUCCCAUGGUCAAAGUGAAGAGCGAGUACAUCCUGGGCAGCCCAAGUCCAGGAACACCUCGAGAUCCUUUGCGAGUAGCUGCCAUGGCUGGUGGAGGAGCUGCCGGGGGAGGUGGAGGAAGUAACGGUGGAAGUGCAGGGAAUGCCGGAGGAGGAGGAGGAGGUGGUGGUGGUGGAGGAAAUGGUCAGGAAUUACGCGAAACAACGUGCACGGAUCGUGCUUCGCCUGAUUCGGUCUUCCUAGAUACUGGAACGAUGGUGGGAUUUAGGAUAAUCGAGGAUCAACAGCAACAGCAGCAGCAGCAACAGCAGCAACAACAACAGCAACAGCAGCAGCAGCAACGUUCCAGUACUCCAGCACCAAACAGAUCUUCACCUUACUCACCCGUUCAAGCUGUUUCCACGACACCAAUGCCUCUAGAACCGUCCUCGAGGAGCGAGAGUCCUGACAAAGGUGAUCUCUCGUCUGUCCAAAUGAAAGAAGAGUCCGAUAAUUCGGUCUUCGACGGUGGAGGUGGCGGAGGCGGUGGUGGUGGAGGUGGUGGCAGCGGAGGCAGUGGCGGUAAUUCCGGCGUUCGUACGGAGACAUCCAGCCAGCCUAGUCACCGGAACAGUCCGUCGUCGCAAUACAAUCCGAACCAGAGCAUGAGUCCUACAGGUAGUUCGGCUCACGUCUCUCAACAGCAACAGCAACAACAGCAACAACAACAACAACAACAACAGCAACAGCAACCGCAAACGCAGCAGCAGCAGGCAUCGCCGAGGGCGCGAGCACCUUCGGUACCGCCUCAUCUUCUAGCACAUCAUCAAUUCUGGUCACAAAAUUCCGGUGUACAGGGAUUCGCUACGCAAAGGCUACUAAACGGCGUAAUAAGUAGCGCCGUUAGUUAUGGACAAAACGUUGCCACGGUUUCUACCAGUAGCUGCACUACUUUAAGUACAGAGAGUGGUAAUAGCGGCAGUGGAAGCUCCGGAAGUACGGGAGCAACCACAACGUCGUCCUCGUGCACAGGAAUGAAGCCCCCAGCCCAAAGACCAGCCCCAGCACCACCGAGACCAUCGCCCACGGUGGUCAUGGGAGAAAUCGGUGGCGUUAGGACGAUGGUAUGGACGACGCCACCAUCGGAUCCUGUACCACCACCCGCGGCUUCGUGGACGGCCACAGCAGCGGCAGCUUCUUGUUCCUCUUCGGAGGAAUCGGCGGCGCAACUUCUCCUAAACCUCGGACAAGAGUCCAGGGGAAAACCACCUUCCGUUUCCUAUUCGUCCGGACCACCCCUCAACAUGGAGAGGCUAUGGGCCGGCGAUUUAACGCAACUGCCGGCUGCCCAGCAGAUGCAAGCUCUCAAUCUGACGGCAUCGGGCUCCAGUCAGCCUUGGGUGAGAAACGGCGGGGUCAUCAAGUCCGAGGCGGCCUCGCAAUCAAUGUCGGUCGCACCACCUGCUCCACCGUUACCGCCUCAAGAACACGAGGAAGACGAAACGCCCAUGAUCUGCAUGAUUUGCGAGGAUAAAGCCACGGGAUUACAUUAUGGCAUUAUCACGUGCGAGGGGUGCAAAGGUUUCUUCAAAAGGACUGUACAAAAUAGGCGGGUGUAUACAUGUGUAGCAGAAGGUGGCUGCGAAAUCACAAAGGCACAGAGAAACAGGUGUCAGUACUGCCGCUUCAAAAAGUGUAUCGAACAGGGUAUGGUCCUUCAAGCCGUUCGAGAAGACCGGAUGCCUGGUGGAAGAAAUUCUGGUGCCGUCUACAAUCUUUAUAAGGUUAAAUACAAGAAGCAUAAGAAGAGCAACAAAGGAAGUGGGAUGAGCAGUGGGAACAUGGGUGGCAUGGGUGGCGGCGGUAACGUUGGUGGUGUGAACGGGUCGGGAUCCCUUGGUGCCAAUAAAGGUACCAUGGGCCCGACGAUGUUGGACAAACACAUGGUAGCUGUGGCUGCGCAUCACAGUCAGCAACAGCACGCACAGCUCGCUGGUAGCUUCCUCCAUCAUCACAAAAUUUCGUCGGGCGAUCCGCUCAACUCGCAACCUACUCCCAGCCAUCCAAGUCACCCUGCCCAUUCGGGCCACCUGGUCAAUGGAACGAUCCUGAAGACUGCUCUCACCAAUCCUUCCGAGGUGGUACACCUGCGGCAGAGGCUAGAUAACGCCGUUAGUAGUUCGAGGGAUAGAGCCUUUCCUUUGGACACGACCCUCGACAUGAUUCAAACGCUCAUAGAUUGCGAUGAGUUCCAAGAUAUUGCUACGUUAAGGAACUUGGACGAGCUGCUGGACCACAAAUCAGAUUUAAGUGAGAAGCUGUGUCAAAUAGGAGACAGCAUAGUUUACAAGUUGGUGCAGUGGACCAAAAGGUUACCGUUUUACCUUGAGCUGCCGGUUGAAGUUCACACGAGGCUGCUCACUCACAAGUGGCACGAACUCCUCGUGCUGACCACCUCUGCUUAUCAGGCGAUGCACGGUCAGCACAAGUUUGUCAAUGUAACCUCGGAUGGAACAAACUCGGAAUUUACGCAAGAAGUUUCCAACAACAUGUAUACGCUCCAAACGUGCCUAACUAGCAUGAUGGGCCGACCGAUAACCAUGGACCAAUUACGACAAGACGUAGGGCUCAUGGUAGAAAAAAUUACUUAUGUCACGCUUAUGUUCAGGCGAGUGAGGCUUAGGAUGGAGGAAUACGUCUGUCUUAAAGUAAUCACCAUGCUCUCGCAAGAUGCAAAAUCACGAGGAGGUACACUGGAGUUAGAACAGAUACAAGAACGGUACAUGAGCUGUCUGCGAAGUUUCGUUGAACACAGUGCACCACAGCAGCCAAGUCGAUUUCACGAGUUACUCGUCAGGUUGCCGGAAGUACAAUCAGCGGCAUCUCUACUUCUCGAGAGUAAAAUGUUCUACGUUCCUUUCCUAUUGAACUCAGCAAUUCAAAGAUAGUAAAUAAAAAAAGAGCUCACGAUAAACGAAGCUGAAUUUACCUAUAUAC